UUUGUCAAUCGAUAUCCAAGGACAGAGAUAUGGAGAAGGAAUCAAGACAGCCACCACUACCACCCCAUAUACCAAUCACUAUCUUCACUGGAUUUCUUGGCGCAGGAAAGACUUCCAUCAUUUUGUCACUCCUUCCACUACUUCCAAAGGAUUAUAAAGUGGUUUUACUCAAGAAUGAGUUCGGAGACGUCCAAGUGGAUAGCCAGCUAGCUAAACAAUCCAGUUUGACUGCUGUCAGUGAGAUCUUGAACGGUUGCAUGUGCUGCGUACUCGUCGGCCAGAUGGAAACAGCCCUUCGCGAGAUUCGAGACAAAUACCGCCCUGACCGAAUAAUCAUUGAAUGCUCAGGAUCCGCUUUUCCCGCCACACUGGCGUUCCAGAUCCGUGAGCUUGAGCGACAGACCAACAACGACCUUCGACUUGACGCGAUAGUUACCGUCAUUGAUGCCGAGAACUUCGCGGGGUAUGAAGAUACAUCUCCCACAGCCAAGAUGCAGGCAAGCUACUCGGAUAUCAUUCUUAUCAACAAGCACGAGCACCUUAAUGAACACGCCCUAGACAUACUGAUCGAUAAUCUCAAUACUCUAAAUCUCGACACUCCCAAGAUCAAAUGCAAUGGUCGUAACGGCGUGGACCCAAACGUUCUUUUUGGCAUCGACUCCAAGCUUUUCAGAGAUUCGAUUCCCCAGCCUGGUAUUGAAGAUCAUCAUGAUGAAGUAAAGACACUCACAGCAUACCGGGGAUUCCUGCCGACGUGCCACGGCCAUGAACAUUGUGAUAAAGGAUUAUGCACCUCGCAUAUCGAGGUGGAUGUUGACAAGGGUAUACUCGAGAGUGCUCUCGCCUCUCUAAGCAAGGAGAGCGUUUGGCGAGUCAAGGGAUUUGUCCGCUUAGAUUCUGCGAUUUGGAUCUUGAAUUGGGCGUUUGGUCGGUACGACCUCACACUGUUGAAAGGCGAUGCAUCUUUUAUGCGGGAUGCGUCCAUAAGGUUGACUAUCAUGGGAGACAAAUACGAGCUGGAUCGCAAACCAAUUCCAAUGGCGGUCAAGAAGUUUUGUGCCGAUCUCCAAGUUCAAGUGGUGUAGAUUAGAUUACGUACGAUUAACCAUGAGCGUGUAAUUGAAAUUUGAUUACGGCCGACGACAAGGGGAUAAGAUUUAAUUAUCAUUACCAC